CCGCUCCACACGGCUCGAAAGAUAGCAGCUGUCAAUCGUUGUCGAACUCGAAUAAAGCGCAAUGGACCCAGAAAACAAGAAAAAGUGUACUGAUGUCGUGGAGCACUUUUUCAAGCUCGAAAGCUGCGAGCCCUUUCGUGAGCGUGUCAACUGGGAGGAGUGGGGUCUGUACGACUAUCUACAGGUGGUCAAGGAGCCAAUGGACCUGGGCACCAUCCGCAGCAAAUUGAGCAAGAACGAGCACAAGAAACCGGCGGAAUUUGCUCGCGACAUGCGCCUGGUCUGGAGCAACUGCAAGCUUUACAACCAGGACGGGUCCGACCUCUAUCUGCUGGCCGAUGAGCUUGCCAAGAAGUUCGAGGACCGCGUCAAGUCUAUGAAGCUGGACGUUGGCCCGGUGCCCAAGGCAGACAAGAGCAUUCCUGCCCCGAGCCUCGAGGAGAAAAUUUAUUUUAGCCAGAACAUUUACAAGGUGAACCCCAAGGACCUGGGUGCUAUCGUGCAGCUGCUUCAAGAGCAGUGUCCUAAAGCACUGGACAAGAGCUCACCGGAUGAGCUGGACAUCGUCGUCGACCACAUUGACAAUAAGACGUUCCGUGACCUGGAGAAGUUCGUUUUGGAGAAGGUGCCAGAGGGUAGUCGCGAGCCCAUUGCGACCCCCAAGUCGUCCAAGAAAUCCCGAAGACCACCCAGCAAGAAGACCAAAACCGAUGCGUGA